CCUGGCUGAGGCAAGUCUGAGAGAUUCUGGCCCAACCUCUCUUCCUGGUUGUCUUCCUUGUGCCAGGGGCCCCUCCCAGCAUGUCUGGAAACUCUCAGCUCCAGUAUAUACCACUCAUUGCCUUGUCCUGCCACUGUCUGCUUAAGGAUCCCUAGCAACAAGAAGAUUCUAUCAGGAAACAGCAAUGAUAAUACCCAGUAACAACAAGAAGAUCUUAGAUUUGACGAUUGAGAUUCUGUCCCUGCUGACUGGAGAGGAUUAUAUUCUAGUGAAAAAGGAGCUCAGAUAUGGAGAAGGCUACACUGAAUCCUAUAUAUCAAGGGGUUUUUGCCAACCACCAGGCUCUAUUGAGGAGACAAAUUCCUUUCCACAACUGAGGGAAAAUGACAAAAAGAUUCUGGAACACACCAAUAAAAUCAUUUACCUGCUGACAGGAGAGAUUCCUGUACGCUGUGAGGAUGUUGCCAUCUACCUCUCUGUGGAGGAGUGGGAAUAUUUGGAUGGACAUCGGGAACUGUACAUGGAGGACAAGGUUACGAGCUUGUUGGGUAGGAAGAGAUUUUGUUUUCCUUAUCCUGCAGGUGAAUGUAAGAACAUGAACACCACUGAAACUGGCUGCUUGUCUUUGUACCCACAGCAUGGCACAGAGGAAGAGAUGGGCACAGAGCAGGAUAUUAAGGCAGAGCAAGCAGAUCUUGUACAUACAGCAGAGGAGAUACAGACAGACGAUGUAGUAAUUAAGAAGGAAGCUCCAUCAGAGGGAUAUCCUGUUACCAUUGCUGCACCCGCAUGUGAAGAAUAUAAGAGGGAAGAGAUUUCAAGUCCGGAUCAGAACCAAAUAUCCACAAACAGACUGAAGAGAGCUGCUUUAGAUAAAGAAGUCCACUCAUUACUAGAAGCACAUUUCAUGGACUCAUCCAGUGACCAGAGGGAGAUGGAAUGUUUAUCUGAUUUUAUAGAGAUCCCAAAAUCUAAGGGGUCCACUUGUACCGAUUGCGGCAGACACUUGACAGUAGAAUCAGAUUAUAUUUGUCACCAGAAGACACACAACGCUGAGAUGUUUCUCUGCUCCGAGUGCCACGAAUGUUUCGGCAGUCUCGCAGAGCUCGUCACACACCAGACGCUAUACAAAGAGCAAUGCGAUAAAAACGUUCUUUCUAGAGCCAAAUAUCCCACGCAGCAGGAGAAGAAAUUGCUUUCAUGCAACGAGUGUGGGCAGGGUUUUACCCAAAUUGCCCACCUUGUAACCCACCAGAAAACUCACGGCGGGGUGAAACCAUUCCCAUUCUCUAAAUGUGGGAAAUCUUUCGCCAAACAUUCAAAUUUUGUUAUGCACCAGAAAAUUCAUUCCGGGGAGAGACCGUUUGUCUGCACUGAGUGCGGGAAAUGUUUUACUCAGAGUUCAAAGCUCCUGACCCAUCAGGGGACUCACACCGAGGAGAAACCAUUCACUUGUUCCGAAUGUGGCAAAAGCUUUUCACAGAUCUCCCAUCUCCUGACUCAUGAGAGGAUUCACACGGGGGAGAAACCAUUUUCAUGUCUGGAAUGCGGGAAACUGUUUACACGGAAAUCAACUCUUCUAAAGCAUCAGAGGAUUCAUACAGGUGCCUUCAGCUGUUCCUAUUGUGGCAAGUGCUUCAGCCAGAACUCCAAUCUGGUGGCCCAUCAGCGAAUACACACCAGGGAAAAGCCUUUUGGUUGUGGCAGUUGUGAUAAGUGUUUCACAGACAAGUCGGCACUUAUUAAACAUGAGAGAAUCCACACUGGAGAGCGGCCAUUUAUAUGCCCUCGCUGCGGGAAAGGCUUUACCCAGAUCUCCCAUCUCAUCACGCAUAAAAGGAGUCACACGGGAGAGAAGCCAUUUGUCUGCCCAGAUUGUGGGAGAUGCUUUGCAGGCAAGCCGGCCCUUGUAAAGCAUCAACGGAUUCACGCUAAGGAAACCCCUCUGAUGUACUGAGUCCUAAAGAAUUUGACAUUUAUUUAUAUGUUUUUCUUCAUACCACAAUGUGGUAGUUCUGCAAAGCCUUGUAUUAAAGCAAGUAUCGGAUUUUAUUUCAUUUCACUGAAAUUAAAGGGGAACUACACCCCCCAGUUUUUUUUUUCAUAAUCAAGCACACUGUGAAAUGCUUUUAGCAGAAUGCUUCUUUGUUCCAAUUAAAAGUUAUACCCUU